UAGCAACAGAAAUUACCAGGCGAAACUUACGGUGACGGCCGUGGGAACAAACAAUGGAUGAAAACUUCAACUCCUCCUCCUACAAAAAUGGUAUUAACUAAACAAAUAAAAUUAACUCAACAUUUAUUUAAUAAAAAUCAAUGCAAUUUUUUCUUAAAUUACGGAAAAAUCAGAAACAACCUCUAAAAUUUUCAUUUUCGAUCUUCUUCCUCCCAAAAAAAACCCUAGAAAUUCUGAAGUGCCAUGCCAAAUUUAAUAAUUGAUAGAAAUGUCGUAAUCUUUGUAACGCUUUGGCUCUGGCUAAGCGCAGAAGUGUGUGAGUCAAUGCGAUUUGAUCUGGCAUCAGGAGCGACAAAAUGCAUAUCGGAAGAGAUUCAACACGAUGCCAUGACUGUGGGCAAGUAUAAUGUGAUUACGCCCAUUGAUGGUCAUCCUAUUCCAGACACUCAUCGCAUCACUGCUCGUGUGACAUCGCCACGAGGAAACCAUUAUCAUUAUAAAGAAGUAGUAGAAUCGGGCAACUUUGCAUUCACUGCAGCUGAUACUGGGGAUUAUAUGAUAUGUUUUUGGGCACCUCGUCACAAUCUUCCAACAAAAAUCUCUAUUGAUUUUGAGUGGAAAACGGGGAUUGAUGCUAGGGAUUGGUUCAAUGUUGCACGAAAAGGGCAAAUCGAUUUGUUGGACGUUGAGCUUAAGAGAUUGUAUGACGGUGUAAAAUCAAUACGUGAUGAAAUGUUUCACCUCCGCGAAAGAGAAGAAGAAAUGCAACUAUUGAAUAAAUCUACAAAAUCAAAGAUGGCAACUUUCAGCUUCAUUUCAAUAAUACUUGUCAUGUCUGUAGCCGCAUUGCAAAUAUGGCAUCUUAAGACAUAUUUUGAGAGAAAGAAGCUUCUAUAACUUGUAUGACCAAUAUAUAAGAAUGUUGUAGUUUCAUUUCUUUUUCACAGUGUCAUUUUUAUGUGGAAUCACUUGCAUCCAACUGUAAUUUUGUUACGUGUAGGAUACAUUUUUGAAACACAUAUCUUUUUUAUUUAAGUUCAUUUCGUUUAGAUUUCUUUCAAUUCAUUGUUUUGAUUCAAAAUAGGAAAAAAGUACGAUAUACUUCAGUCAACUUGUGGUAUAUGUUAAGAAAAUAUUUUGGAAAGUAAUAAAAAAUAAAAGGUCAACUUUUGAGUGAUCUUAAAAUUUUAAUCUCA